AUGGAGUCUCCUGACUUGGAUACUUCUGCAAAGAAGAGAACAAUUAGUAGAUUGAUCAAUGGAAAUACUAACUAUGUCAGAGAUCUUAAGAGUAUGAGCACGAUAGUAAAAGCGAAAAGGAUUUCUAGAAACAUGCUUUAGCAUUAAUAAACCACAUCAGAUGCUUACGAUAACUAUGUAAAUUCAAAGUCACUGAUUAAAGAUUACGAAGAAACUAAGAAUGUUCCAUCUAGGAAAAUCAAAUCGAAAUUAAAAAAUAACUAAAAAUCAAUAGACUUCAGCAAUCUUAAAGCCAGCAAAUAUAGUCUUGUUGACUCUAAUACUGAGGAAGCAAAUAAUAUGAAUUAGACAGAGAUAUUCGGCCACACAAAUUUGUAGGAAUAUGGAAUAAAUCUGGAUCAAGCAGAGACUAGAGCAAUUAAUUAAAAUGCUAAUGAUUCAAAGAAAUUAAGAUAAGUAGCUCGAACAGGAGGAAAUAAUACUGGAAUAAACUUUAAAUUGAAGCGAAAACUGAGCAGAUAAAAUGACAGAUCUGCUAUAAACAAUCCAAUUAGAAAGAGAAGACAUGAUAUGCUAAAGCAAAUACUCAGACCAAGAGUUAAUUAAAUAGGAUUGAGAAAACAUAUGAAAGCAUUCAGAAGAUGGCUCGUAUAACCGCGGAUUCUAGACAAGAGAGAUUAUAAUAACUUGAAAAUACUGAUUUAUCCAAAAGGAUUAUCCACAAGAUAAAGUAGCAAUAAUAUGAAUAUCAAAGCAAUGAUAAGAAGAAUAAGCUAAGCGAUUAUCUAGCAGAAAGCUAAAAAUGAAUAAAUUGAUAAUGAGAACUAAUAACUAGUUAUUGGCAGUCCAUAUAAAGAGAUGCUUGAAGAUGAAAGCUUCCUUAAUGAAGAUUAUGAUAUUUAAGAUAAAAAAUUGAAGCAGUUUUACAAUCAUCUUGAUUAAAUAAAUUCUUAAAAUUAUCAAGCAACUGACUACUUCCCUUAAUGGAUUGUAGAUGAAAUGCAAAAGAUAGACCAAUUUACAAAUUUUUCAAAUUAAAACAUUUUCAAGUUAUGUACUAAACUACAUAAGGACAGAGGUAUUAAUGAUAGGAAAGCAAUAUGCAGUUACCUCAAGAUGAAAGUCAAUUUUUUUAAGGAUAUAGAAAAAGAAAAGCUUGAGGAGCUUACUAAAAAAGUAGCAACCUUGGAAUAUGAACCUAAAUAGAUGAUGAUAAAACAAGAUGAUGAUGGAGACUUUUUACUUAUAAUCUAUGAAGGAAAAGCCGAGAUUCAGGUAGAUGGCAAAAAGGUAACUGAGGUCGGCCCACACACUUUGAUUGGUGAGUCAGCUCUAGAGUAUAGAUCUAAGCGUAGAGCAUCUGUUAUUGCUCUCUAAAAAUGUAAAUGCUUGGCCUUAUACAAAGCUGACUAUGACAGUACUGUCUCUUUAUUUAAAGCAUAAUAGAAGCUUUAAAAUCAAAAUUUAUUAAGGAGAUUGCAUGUUAUUGGUGAUUGGAAUAUAAUCAAGAUCAAGGGAUUUUCAAGAAAACUUUAUGAGACUCAGUUCAAAAAGGGUUAAAGUACCAAAUAAUGGCAGAUAAAGAGGACAUUCUAAGUUGUAAGAAGAAAUAUUCUGACUCUUGGUCCAUCUUCAAUAUUUGGAAUGGAAGAAGUAAUACUAGAAAAUCCGAAAAGGCUAAUAAGAGCUAGAGCAUUAGAAGAUACUGAAUGUCUUUACGCUAAUAAAACUGAAUUUAUGGAAUAUUUCAAUACAGAGGAUAAGGACAAAUUUAGGUAAAUAAUCUAGGAAUAUACAGAUUUUGAGAAAGAAGGUAAAUAGCUAUUGUUUGAAAUCUAAAAUAAGAAAAAUGUCAGUAAUAUGUUCCUUAAUGCAGUAAAUUUAAAUGUUGGCCUAAUGACAAGAGAUUCUAGAUCAACCUCAGUUAAUGGAUAUCUGACCACUGCAAAUUUCAACCCAAAGCGAAAUGCGAUGGUGAAAAAAUUCUUGUAAAGAAUAGUUGGUGAAAAAACAGAUUCUCCAAUUGAGGAUCUUAGACUAAAAAAUGUUAAAAGGCAAUAAUAUAUAGAGGACUACUAUAAAUAGAAUGGUGAUCAGCUCUUUCCUGUUGUCGAAAACAACAUCAGCAUUUUCAAUGAGGAAAAUAAUACAGAUUAAUUGAGCUAUAGUCCAAACACCAAAAACCAGAGUGUGAAUAAUGCUUACUAGGAUAUUCAGGCUUCAAAGAUGAGAAUUGAAAGAUCUAUAAAUUCCCCUGAGAAAAAAUUGAGAGAUUUCAAAAUGGAAAUGCUGGCAUUAUAAAAUUAAAAGAAAGACACAAAAACAAUAAAAGCUUGGAAAGUAUUACUAACUUUACUUUUUAAUCAAAUUUUAUAGGAAUUUAAUGCUGUUAACUCGAAUAGUAUCUUAGAAAACAUCAAAGGUUCAGCAUUGAACAGUCGUAACAAAUCUUAAAAACUUGGUGGCACAUCCACUAAUUCAUAAAACGUAUCAUUUGUUGAAAAUGGGGUAAAGAUAAGACUCUUAACAGAGCUGCCACUAUAAAUCACCUCUGAAUAGCCGAAAAAUAAUAUUGAGCCAAUGAGGUGA